AUUAUUUUAACUUGACAAACAUCAGCUCUUUUUCAGCCCUAUAGUUAACCAUACAUUUGAUGCACACCUCCUCUUUAAAAUGGUGCUCUCUCCAACACCUCGAGCCUGGCUCUAAUAUAUGUAAUGAACCGAUGCUCCAUUAUCUUCUCCUUCUUCUCUUGUAGGCUGUGGUUUCUGGAUGGAUCUUGGCAUGGUGGGCUUGGAUGGUCUUGUGGGUUCUGGUACUUCCCUUGCUAAUUCCUCCUCAUCCACAGAUCCUGAGGCCAAGCAAAAGUGGUACGGAUCUGCAGCAGGCUGCACCACCCUCAAGCAAGAAAGGUCGGGAGGUUCUUCCGAGGAUGAAUGGAGGAGCCUCAAAGUGGCCAAAACAGACGAUUUCUCGGCUUCCAAACCAAUGCUCUUACAGCAGAGAGGCGGUGGCCCUUUGUUGAGAUCUAGUAGUACUCUUUUCUCUGAUGGCCAGCAGAUGCUCAGCUUCUCUUCCCCAACUUCUCAAACUGUGCCAUUGCCUUACUAUGCCAGAAAUUCAGGAUAUGGCUCUGGUGGAGGGUUGAAUCCUGCAGCAAGCAUGCAUGGCAUAUUUACUGGCGUCAGAGGCCCAUUUACUCCUUCUCAGUGGAUGGAGUUGGAACAUCAGGCUUUGAUCUACAAGCAUAUCAUCUAUAAUGUCCCCGUUCCUUCCAAUCUCCUCAUCCCCAUCAGAAAAGCCCUUGAUUCUGCUGGCUUCUCUGCCUUUUCAGCCGCCUCUCUAGCACCCAGUACCUAUGGAUGGGGUGCUUUCCGGCUGGGAUUCACCAGCACGACCGACCCGGAGCCGGGGAGGUGCCGUCGGACGGACGGCAAGAAGUGGCGGUGCUCCAGAGACGCCGUUCCUGAUCAGAAGUACUGUGAGCGGCACAUGAACCGGGGCCGCCAUCGUUCAAGAAAGCCUGUGGAAGGCCAAAAUGGCCAUUCCGUCUCCGGACCCACCUCAACCGCCGCCAAGCUCCUUCCCACCACUUCCUCCACCUCAGCCUCGGCCGCGCCUGGCGGCGGCACGUCCGGCAGCUUCACCCUCGCGGACAACACCCAGCUCAAGAACCUCCAGCCUGGUUGCUCAUUUCCCACCCAGAUCAACAGGAUUGGUCUGAGCAAGGACAACGCGGGGGAGAGGAUUCAGGAUUCAACGGACCUUUCCAUCUUAUCUCCCACCAUUGGUCUGAAAGAAAAUCGGUUUUCAUUUCCGAAGCAGAACCCCCCAUUCGAAGAGUCCUCCAGACCCGAAUUUGGACGAGUUUGCUCUGAUUCCCUGCUCAAUCCUUUGCAGAAAAGCUCCCCCCUUAUCAGCUGCCGUAGCUACGGCUCCUGCCAGGACCUGAACGACCGGGAAAACGAGUCCCAAGUUCGGCACUUCAUUGAUGACUGGCCUAAGAACCAGAUCGUUCACAACUCCUCCAUUUCAUGGCCCGGGAUUGAUCUGCAGGCAGAUAGGACUCAGCUGUCUAUCUCAAUCCCGGUAUCGGCUUCGGAUUUCAUGUCAUCCACUUCAUCUCCCGACAAUUCGAAGCUCGCGCUUUCGCCGCUGAGAUUGUCUCGAGAGCUCGAGAUGGGGCUGGGCGUGGGCAGCGAAACGAACCAGAAGCAAGCAAAUUGGAUUCCCAUUUCUUGGGAGACUUCCAUGGGCGGCGGCCCUCUUGGAGAGGUUUUGAAUAGCAGUAACAGCGGCACCGGCGACGGGAAGAGCUUGUCGGCCCUGAACCUGAUGACUGAGGUGGCGUCGCCGACCGGGGUCCUGCAGAAGAUAACGUUUGGGUCGCUUUCGAACAGCAGCGCGGGGAGCAGCCCGACGGCAGAGAGCCACAAGGCGCAUGAAGGGGCGGCCAGCAGCAGCCUCUGCAAUGACCUUCUCGGCUCGACGACUCUUGUGAGUUCGUCCUCCUUGCCGGCGUUGUAGGAAGGAAGGGAAGCCAGCCAGCCGUGGAAAGAAGCCCCCCUCCGACUCUUUUGAGUGUUUGAUUGAUGUGGGUGAAAUGGACAUUGCAAUAAUAAUAUUAGCUUAGCUUAGCUUAGCUUGUUCUUCUAGAGUUUGAAUUUGUUAAUUUCUGAAAGAGUUCUGUUACUGUUUUUAUCUCAUGUUAUGGCGAACUUGACUCAUCCCUGUCGGCCAUUUUAGCUCUGAAUCUUAAUCAAUCUUGGUUUUGCCUUGUUUCGUUUGA